CAAGGCUGCAAGCUCGACGCGUGGUGAAUGGGAAACCUCAUUAAGCUUUCCAACUACAGCCAUUAGCCUUCCCUUAUCACAAUCAUCAUCAUCUAUCGCAACCUGAUUGUCUCCAUUCAACUCAAUAAAUACGAAAGUCGAUAAACACCCCAUUUUCUCCGAAUUGUACGACUACAAAUCCAACCAAGAUGGCCAUGUUCAGCCAAAACCCCGUCCUAAAUGGACCCAACUAUUCCUUUGCCGAAGUACCCAAAGAUGCCGUCGACGGUCUACGAGAACAUCGUUUCAACCCGUACACCGACAACGGUGGAUCGACCCUUGCCAUUGCCGGCGCCGACUUCGCCAUCAUGGCCGGCGACACCCGUCUAACAUCGGGCUACAGCAUUAACACACGAUUCGCGCCCAAGGUAUUCAAGAUCGGGGGUUCGAACUCGUCACAAGAUGAUGCCAACAUCCUACUUUCCGUUGUCGGAUUCGCGGCCGAUGGCGAAGCUCUAAAAGAACGCCUCGAUGCCAUCUGCAAGAUGUACCGCUACCGCCACGGCAAGCCCAUGUCUGUCAACGCUUGUGCCAAGCGCCUUUCCACCAUUAUGUACCAGAAGCGCUUCUUCCCAUACUAUGUUUACGCUAUUUUGGGUGGUCUUGAUGAGGAGGGCAAGGGUGCUGUUUACAGCUACGAUCCCGUGGGCAGCUACGAACGUGAGCAGUGCCGAGCAGGUGGUGCUGCGGGUAGUUUGAUCAUGCCAUUCCUCGACAACCAGGUCAACUUCAAGAACCAAUACAUUCCCGGAAGCGGCACCGGACACGAGCUACAAGAGCGGGAGCGUGUACCCCUACCAAGAAACGAAGUGGAGGUAUUGGUCAAGGAUGCGUUUGACUCGGCAGUCGAGCGACAUAUCGAAGUUGGUGAUGCGUUGCAGAUGUUGACAAUUACCAAGGACGGUAUUGAGGAGAAGAUUCUCCCAUUGAAGAAAGAUUAAGCGAAUUCCAGAGCUCCGAUUCCAGGCGGCUGUGUACUAUACCUAUCAUAGGCAAUGGAGUUUUCUGGGGUCUAAAUACAUCAUGAUUGAUUGAUCAAGUAUUGAUGCAAGUCGUCGUUGCUUAGAAUCGACGUAUAGGAGACGAAAUUAUCAAAUUCCAAUGACAUAAAAGUGUUGUUAGCCAUUAUCUCAGGCAACUUAGCGUGAUACCUCUACUCACUAUAACUUCAAAUAAUUCCUUGCGUAUUGAGAUUCCUCCCAUUUAAGGCUCACAUGUUCCAAUUUCAGCCAUAACUUCUCUCUCGAGGGUCCUCCGGCUCAUGAACUUCCACGGCCGUGGUCUACGGAUGUAUGUACUUCCCUGUUCCUCGUUCUGUCAUGUUACACGUCCUCACCUUCCACAGCAUUAGGAGAUAAUGACCAGUUUCUCUACAUCACAACUCAUAUUUUAUAAAUCACAAAUCCAAGCAAUAUUCAUA